AUGUUCAGUUGGAGCAACAAGAAUGGGAAGAAAAAAGACCCUGAAUUAUUUCAAACCGUUUCGGACGGGUUGCGGCGACUCUACCGGACCAAACUGUUCCCCUUAGAAGACACGUACCGUUUCCACGAUUUUCACUCGCCUGCUUUGGAAGAUGCCGACUUUGACAACAAGCCCAUGGUACUCUUGGUUGGUCAGUACUCGACAGGGAAGACCACUUUUAUCCGUCAUCUAAUGGAACAAGAUUUUCCUGGCAUGCGGAUAGGCCCAGAACCGACCACAGACUCUUUCAUAGCGGUAAUGCACGGCGAUCAGGAAGGGGUGAUACCGGGCAAUGCACUGGUGGUUGACCCCAAGAAACCUUUUCGCAAACUCAACGCUUUUGGAAACGCUUUCCUUAACAGGUUCAUGUGCGCUCAGAUGCCGAACCCGGUGCUGGAGAGCAUCAGCAUCAUCGACACCCCGGGAAUCCUGUCCGGAGAGAAGCAGCGCAUCAGCAGAGGCUACGAUUUCGCCGCCGUGCUGGAGUGGUUCGCCGAGCGGGUGGACCGCAUCAUCCUGCUCUUCGACGCCCACAAGCUGGACAUCUCGGACGAGUUCUCCGAGGUCAUCCGGGCCCUGAAGAACCACGAGGACAAGAUGCGCGUGGUGCUCAACAAGGCCGACCAGAUCGGCACGCAGCAGCUGAUGAGGGUGUACGGCGCCCUCAUGUGGUCGCUGGGGAAGAUCAUCAACACGCCGGAGGUGGUGCGGGUCUACAUCGGCUCCUUCUGGGCCCAGCCGCUGCUGGUGCCGGACAACCGCAAGCUUUUCGAGGCGGAGGAGCAGGACCUGUUCCGGGACAUCCAGGGCCUGCCCCGGAAUGCUGCCCUGCGCAAGCUCAACGACCUCAUCAAGCGGGCUCGGCUGGCCAAGGUACAUGCUUACAUCAUCAGUUCCCUGAAGAAGGAGAUGCCCAGUGUGUUCGGGAAGGAUAACAAGAAGAAGGAGCUGAUUGCGAACUUGGGGGAGAUCUACCUGAAGAUCGAGAAAGAGCACCAGAUUUCACCUGGGGAUUUCCCCAAUCUUAAGAAGAUGCAGGAGAUCUUGGCGGGACAGGACUUCACCAAAUUCCAGGCAAUGAAGCAAAAGCAGCUGGAGGCGGUGGAGGACAUGCUGGCCAACGACAUCGCCAAGCUCAUGAUCCUGGUCCGCCAAGAGGAGGCCGCCAUGCCCAGCCAGUCGGUCCAGGGCGGGGCCUUCGAGGGCACGAUGAACGGGCCCUUCGGCCACGGCUACGGCGAGGGCGCCGGCGAGGGCAUCGACGAGCUGGAGUGGGUGGUGGGCCGCGACAAGCCCUCCUACGACGAGAUCUUCUACACCCUCUCGCCCGUCAACGGCAAGGUGUCCGGCGCCAUGGCCAAGAAGGAGAUGGUCAAGUCCAAGCUGCCCAACACGGUGCUGGGCAAGAUCUGGAAGCUGGCCGACGUGGACAAGGACGGUUUCCUGGAUGACGAUGAGUUCGCCCUGGCCAACCACCUGAUCAAGGUCAAGCUGGAGGGCCACGAGCUGCCCGCCGAGCUGCCCGAGCACCUGGUGCCCCCCUCGAAGCGGUGCCUGGAGUGACGCGGGCGUGGGUGGAGGUGGGAGCAGAGGUGCCUGUGAAAGCUGGCGUUGUGGGGUCGAGGGCAGAGUGGGAGAAGGGGGCACGGUUUCUUUGCAGGGUUAGAAAUUCUGUAUUAGUGGGGGGGGGGG